AUGCAGACGGCCGUUGCGCCUUCUUGGAGUCUUCUGCGCUACCUUCGAUCUCAAUCAAACUCGAUCUUCACAAACUCCAGUUCCUUCGCAACAUGUGCUCGAACGCCGUGUCGAGCCCUAUCCACCACCUCCCGCCACAAGCGUCUCUCCUCAACUGAGGAUAUAUGGCAUCCUGUCCGCGAACCAUGCAAAGCUCUUCCUCCCUCAAGAUCCUGUCCCCCGAACAUUGCACAGUCUCGUAGCGCCAGCACCGAAAGUCAUAAGCAAAGCUUUUGGCGACGGUGGCUCCGUCAAAGGGCCGCUGCAUCCCGUUCAAAAGCGCCACGAGAUUCUUCGAUACCAUCCUCAUCCUACGGGUACGACGAGACUUCGGCGCAACUCUUCAAUCUCUCUCGUGCCCUUUCUCGCAACACCAGCGGCGCAGAAUUGAAGCUCCGUUGUACCGAGUUUGACGCCAAUGGCUCCGUCACAAUGGUAUCAGGCGAGUUCAAGAAAUCGGAACUUAUCGCCAAGUAUGGACUGCUGCCUCGAGACCUUCGAAAGAUCGACUCCUCCGUCCUUCCCCAUAUCCUCGUCCGUCCUUCGGCCAUCCUGAUUAAUCUCCUCCAUCUUCGAGUCCUUAUACAGUCUGACAGAGUUCUGGUUUUCGACGCUUUUGGAAGCACUGACUCUUACACUCAGUCUCUGUUCAUGUAUGAUCUGGAAGGGAAACUUCGACAAAAGGCGGACCCUAGGAAUGGCUCUUACAACCUACCAUACGAGCUGAGAGCUCUUGAAGCAGUUCUUAUUUCUGUCACCUCGGGCCUGGAAGCAGAAUUUGCAUUGGUUCGCGAUCCAGUCACACAUAUCUUACGAGAACUCGAAGAAGACAUUGACAGAGACAAACUACGACACUUGUUGAUACACUCCAAGAAACUCGGAACAUUUGAGCAGAAGGCAAGACUGGUUCGAGAUGCCAUCGACGACCUCCUCGAAGCAGAUGAUGACCUAUCUGCCAUGUAUCUGACCGAGCGGAAGGCUACGGGCAAGCCCCGCGCUGAAAACGACCAUCAAGAAGUUGAAAUGCUCCUCGAGUCUUACCACAAGAUCUGUGAUGAAAUCGUCGAAAUAUCAGGUAAUCUAAUCAGCAAUAUCCGCAACACGGAAGAAGUGGUCCGAGCUAUUUUGGAUGCCAAUCGCAACCAGCUCAUGUUGCUCGAGCUCAAGUUUAGCAUUGGGACACUCGGACUUGCUGGCGGGACACUCAUUGCUGGCCUCUAUGGCAUGAACUUGAAGAACUUCAUCGAAGAAUCAGACUGGGCUUUUGGUGGAGUCAGCGUUGUGUGCUUCGGUCUGUCAUGGUUGAUCUGCAUCUAUGGCAUGCGGAAGUUGCACAAAGUGCAGAAAGUGCGUAUGUGGGGCGAAGGGCUUGACCACAGCAUGGGCUUCCGUGGUGGCAAGAUCGGGGGUCGAGGGAAUUGGCGCAAUGAAGCAGUGGAGAGCCAGGCGCAUAAAAUUGGUCGGUUGAAAGCAGGAGGAAGUGCUCAGACCGGCCGUGUGCUUUGGCCUGGUAUGGACGGGUUGGGAAUGCAUAAACUCAACAAUGCCAACAACGAUGACCAGCAGCAGCAGCAACAGCGGAAGGGAAUCUUUGGCAGCAACACAAACGCCAACGCAGACGCGGAUGCUGGGGCGAAUGCACCCGGCAUGACGAUUCACGAAGACGUCGAUAACGUUGAGGCCAAGAUGAAGGCUGAUGCGAGGACGGAGAAAGGUCUGAUGACCAAGGAGCAGAUGAAGGCACAAAAGAGGAAGUGA